ACACAGCAGACAGCACACCUGCUGCGUGAGAGGUGCUGGGGAAGCAGAGAGUCAAGAUGGUCUUGCUGGAUUCGGCAGAUUCCUUCUUCGUCGAGUUGGAGCAGAUGUUCGCGCUGUGCAAACAGCGAGGAGCAGGAACAGUCUACACCACACUGAAGAAAGUAGAGGCUGGGAACAAACAGCAGCUCAAGAAGGGAAAUACGGAGACAGGGGCAGGGCGAAAGGCGGCGGGUCCCGGAGGAAGGAGAGAAGGAUGGCUUGCUCGCGCCAAGAUAUCGAACCAAAAAGCCCGCAAAAUAUCCGUACUGGCCUCUCUAGACACGCCGCCUGAUGACGGGCGUCCACAACAAACAUACGACGUGUCGUGCCCCCUGUGUUUCCCCGUGUUCUUCACUCGCCGGCAACACCGACCAAGUGUCAGACGCAGAGGUAGCUCAGUGCCGGGAUCGAUUAGAGGCCGUAAAGAAGGCAAUGCCUGUAUGUACGAUAGCGGGAGGCACCAAGAAGCGCGGGCGGAAGCCAGCGGGAAAUGGGGCGGCAGGGGCAACAGGGUCCCAGAACGGCAAGAGGCCUAAGGGGGGCCCCGUGGGUUCGGGUGCGACAUGACACCAUGGGUACCUGGAUAUUUCGUGUGUACAACUGGGUGGUGGAAUGUUUUUUUGAGUCCGUUGUCAUGGGUUUAUUUCUAGCAGCUCGCUGUGAGGGGCGGUGGCGCUUUCAGGGUACGUGGCACAAGCGCUGAAAUGAGAUAGAUGGCAAGAAGCACGUGGAGAUUUCGCUCUCGUACGUUGAUGGUGCAAGGAUGGGGUGAUUUCUCGUGGGAAAAAGGACGUGUUCGUUGCAGGUGUGUACCAACACAUGCCUGACGGGUACAUGUAUGGUUAAAAAACAAAGGCAGAACAAUCUGAU